UUAAAACUUUACAUUUUUGCAAAGAAAUGUAUGACAGCGAUUCACUGCAUGCGUUGAAAGCCCCAUUAUCAGGGUAGAUACACACAUUUCUUAGCAAAAAAUCCACAAAGAUUCUUAGAUUCAUUAAUUGAUAUCUUCGUCAUUUUUAUUUUAAAUUAAAUUUUACAAAAUAUUUACGAAACUUCUAAGUUUUAUUAUCGGUGAGAAAUUUGAUAGUUAACUCCUUUUUCUGAUAAAUCGAAUACCUUAUGUCACGCUAGCGUGCUAAAGGUCAAUCGACUUUGCAAUUCAUUUCAUCCCAACAAAGUAUUGCUUAUAUCCCUUUGGUAUUGAACAUUAAAACGUAUUCCUGAAAAUUAAUUAUGUAUUCUAGAGCGUUUCUUCCUUCCUCGAGUCAGUUUUCAUCGCAAAAUGUAGUAAAUAACACGCAAUAUGGAGUAAGAAACAUCGCAUCGAGCUUGUAAAUGCUGGUCUGGUUAAGUCAGGUACUGUAAGUCAAGGGCUAAUUUCACAUUCAAGUCAACAUGAACAACAAUACAAACAUCAAAGGUUCAUUAAAAGACAUAAUCUGUCUUAGAAAGCAAAUUGCGAAGGGCUCGCAUGGCGAAGUUUGGUUGGCUGAAUGGAACGGAUUAAACGUGGCGGUGAAGAGAACAGAUCAAGAAUUAUUCAAAAGAAAGUACUCGCAGGUAAUAGACCAUUAUGUUGUAGAAUUGAGGAAAGAGUGRGAAAUACUGCAAAAGUUGAACCAUCCAAACAUCUUACGAAUGCAUAAAGUACUGCACGCUGGGGAGAUUCAUCAGUCAUGAAUUAUUAUGAAACUGAUGCACUGUGAUCUUCAGCAUUACAUAAAAGAAUCUACAAGCACUCCUAAAGUCAGUACAGACAAAGUAGUGUCAAUCGCUCUAGGAGUUACUAGAGGUUUGAAGUACCUUCAUGGACUAACCAUGCCUGUAGUUCAUCGAGAUAUAUCUCUUAAGAAUAUUCUGUUGACAGAAGACGGCCACCCCAAGAUCGCAGGCUUUCGCGUCGCUAAAGUAUUGACUGAUGGUAGAGAAGCAUGUGCUUCGCUGUGGCCAGGAGCCUCUUCGUAUGCCGCUCCUGAAACCUAUCAAGACAUAAAGAAUAAUAAGGCAAAGUAUGGCGCUAAAGUAGCUAUAUAUUCGUUUGGAGUUACACUGCUAGCCACUAUCUCCCUUCAAGAAAACCCUGGAAGACGAAUCCUCAAUUUCCCAAUUGGACAGCAGGGAUAACCAUCUGAAGCAAAUAAAAGGCAACAUGUUGGAAAAGACUUUUAUUGAUUGCCUACAAGAUCAGAGCUCCAGUCGACCGCAUGCCCACGAAAUAGUUGAGAAACUGGAAAAAAUUGAACACGUUUACAAGAAAGUCCUGUGGUCAGCUAGCAAAAUGUAACAAUGAAUUCGAGGGAGUUUCGUCGCAGUCACAUAUCGAUUAUAAUAACUAUAAUCUGAAGCAAAUAAAAGGCCACAUGUUGGAAAAGACUAUUGUUGAUUGCUUACAAGAUCAGAGCUCCAGUCGACCACAAGCUCACGAAAUAGACGAGAACUGGAAAAAAAUAAACACUUUCACAAAACACCUCCCUUUGGACAGCUAGCAAAAUGUGACUUGAAUAUUGAAUUCGAGAGAGUUUCUUUGCAGUCACAUUACGAUUAUAAGUUCAAAGUAAUCUUUCUUGGAAGCACCAAUACAGGUAAGACCUGCCUGAUGCAGCUUCUAAGAAAUUCAGCUGACAACAUCGAUUGCUCAAGAUUAAACCUCCAGUAAUCUUUUAUACUUCAUUCGUACAGGCUCAACUCAGGUUAUAUUAAAUUAACUAUUGUAGACACUGUUGGGCAAGAGAGAUUCUAUUCCGUACCACCUAUUUAUCUGCGCACUCUGAAACUAAAGUGUCGAAAGAUGCGUACUAUUUCGAUUCUAUUGGACAAUCUAGGGCAAUGAGUUGGUGGUCGUGCGAGUAAAAGAAAGGAAUGGAAAGGUAUAAAAGGCAAUGCCAGACUCUUAUAAAACGACUCAAACAUCGCUGGCUGAUAACGAUUGCUAUUCCCAUCAAGUUAUACAGCGACUGCUAACAAUGUAGAUUUCAGUCAGUAUCACAUAACCAUCUCUUUUUAGAYUGAGAAAUGAAUUAUUCUAUGCUAAAACGUUUUCUGAUAAUAAAGUACAAAAAGAUAAUGACUUAUUUACCUUUUAUGUACUAGGAGGAGAGCUUACACAAGCUUCUUCAGUAUUAGUUGUCAUGGUCAAUAAAUUGGACCUUAUGUUUUUGAACGGCUAAUAAAAAUACAAAAGAAA